AUGAGCUCCUCGUGUUGCUGGAAUCGAAGGCCAUCUUCCCCUGGAUCCUCCACCGGCCAGAGGGAGUCCUUCACAGGCCAUGGGAGGCCAUGUCAGAGUGGUACUGGCCUCUCUUCUGCCAGAGAGAUCAAAAGCUACAAAGCCUUCAGCAAGAUCCACAAGGCUGCUACCCGGGGUGAUGUUGCCACAGUAGAGCGAAGACUCAUACUUAGGAAAAAUGACAUCAAUGACCGAGACAGCAAUGACAGAACUAUUCUGCACUAUGCCUGUGCAUACGGCCAUCCCAAUGUAGUUGCCCUCCUGAUAGAGUGGAAUUGUGACAUUGAUCUCCGUGACAGUGACAACAGAACAGCACUAAUUAAGGCUUCACAGUUCAAGCACGAACAAUGUGUGGCUAUGUUAUUAGAACACGGUGCUGACCCAAAUGCUAUGGACAAUACUGGGAGCACCGCACUGCACUAUGCUGUUUGGCAUAACAGCACCUCAAUGACAGCCAAACUGCUGGCACACAAUGCCGACUUCAGUAUAAAAAAUGAGGAUAGCUUUACACCACUUACACUGGCUCGAAUGAAAAAUGACAACCUGGCAAAACUUUUAGAAGACCAGAAAGAAAAGAUAAAGGAACUUGAUGAAUUAGAAAGGUCUUCAAAGAAAACUUCCAAUGAAAAAGAAGAGGUCAAAGAACAAGGAAAUCAUAUGCUUGACCUUAAGGAACUAAUAUCAUGUGAGGGAAACUCAAAGGACUGUGAGCAGUACAGUUGUGACACUAUUUUGCAUUUUAUUGAAGAGCUCAUGAGGCAGAGAAAAGAUAUAAAUUCUGAGAUCCUAGUGAAAAUCUGGGGUGCAGUUUAUACAUAUAAAAGAUCAAUAGACUUUGAAAAACAUAACUGUGAACUAAUUGAAGAAGAUUGUGAACGUAUAAGUAAUGAAAUUAUUGCACUGCGAGAGGAGUGGUCUCAACUAGAGAUUGAAAAUGCUGAACUGCAAGAUGAGCUAUGCAGUUUGAGGGCCACCCUUGAAAGUUUAGAAUUAAAUGAUGCAGCAAGCCUCCAAGCAGAGGAGAAUGAAGAGCUUUCAAGAACCCCGGCUCAAGAAGAACAGUUUAAGUUGUACCUGUCACUGACACAGAGUUUGCAUGAAAUGAGAAGGAGAAAUAGGGAACUAGAAGAAGAAAUAGACAGGUAUAUGGACCUGUGCACAAUGAUGGAGGAGGACUCAGAUGGACAUCAAAAUGGAGAGUUUUCAGGUUAUAAUGCUUCAAGUACAAGUCACUGCGAAGAGGAUACGGUACUGAAACUAAGAGAGAAGCUUGAAAGUAUGGAAACAAAACUACAACAAGAAUUAAUCCGCUGCCAAUGCAAGGAAGAUGAAAAUAAUCUUUUGGAGCAGAAAAUAGCAGAAAGGAAAGCAGCCCGGGAGAACCGUGAAGCGGAAGAGGGUAGAAUAAAGCAGCUUGAAGAGAAAAUACUCAGCCUCAAAGCCGAUAUGGACAAGAACAUGGUAGAGCGAAGUGAGGUAGAAAAUCAUAAGAAAGCCAUUGAAGAGCAAGCUAGGAGUCAAGUCAUGGAAAAAAUAAACCAAGAGAACCAAGUCUUACGGGAACUAGCUGCCUCUGAGCAACAGAAAGAUCAGGAAAGACAGGAUUACAUCAUGUCACUGGAUCAUAGAUAUAAGGAAAUUGAACUUGAGAUUGUGGAAACAAAAUCUCGUGCAAUUUCUGUGAAAGCACAACGGAGAACAUUUGAAGAAAAAUAUAGAGCAGAAUUGCAACUUGGAGAACGAUUGAAAUAUGAACUGGAAAAGGUCAGAUUGUUCUUGCAUUUGACCCCCAUUAUAAUCCAGACUAAAUCUGGACCCCCUCAGCCCCAUGCCUAUCAGCUCCCUGCUGCACCACCAGUGUCACCCGGCCCAGUGGCCUUGAACAAGGCCAGCACUUCAGGCCUGGACUAUCUGCCUUAG